AUGAAAGGUAACCUUUGUUUCCUCUUUAUCUUGCUUUGCAGCUGCCAAUAUUUCUGCUCCUGCGUCGGAGAAGAUAUUCAUACCCAUAAGUUAGUUCUUCAGUGGCCCAUCUCCUUCUGCAACACCGGAGAAUUCCAGUGCAGGAACAAUGUUCCGGAUGAUGAUUUCACCAUUCAUGGUCUUCGUCAUUUCAAUCAUAACGGUAACAUCUUGAUAAAUUGUGGUGGAGCGCCUUUAGGAAGAGAUGGGCUGUCAGACACGACUAGAAGAAAGCUUAAGAGUGCAUGGCCCAACUUGAAGAAUGGUGGGAGGGACAUUGACUUUUGGGGAUAUCAAUGGAGUAAGCAUGGCUCCUGCUCUGGUCUUGCCGAGCCAACUCUGUACUUCGAACGAGCACUCCAUCUCAAGUCUACCUGUUGCAGCACUCUUUUCAGCCACUUGAAAAUGAUAGGCUUCACUCCCUCUGCAAGUAUCCCACACACAGCAGGCCAAAUUAUUGACAUCAUUUCCGAGAAAGUUGGUCAAGUGCCAGGAAUUAAGUGCAAUACUAAUACGAACAAUGCCCAUCAGCUUCUCGAAAUCACAUUCUGCUUUGACGCCCGCCGUCAUCCUAUGAAUUGUAGCAGCGAUGAAACUUACUGUCCGGUAAAAAACGUAUUUUUUCCUUCAUCAAAAACUCUUUGGUGGACCAGGUCCAACUACUGCGAUUAUAAACCUACAUAUUGGGGAACCUUGUGAUGCAGUUGUACACUUAUUGGCAAUUGAUGGGUUGCUAUAAGUUAUGGCGGAG